AUGCGGGUUGUUAUCAUCCCCAUCAUAGCACUUUUUGGUGUCGAGCAGCUGACAUUCGCCACGCAAAAUUUACCAGUACAGUCAUCGCUGAACGAUGCUCCGUCAGUGAAACUUCACGUCACCUUUAAGCGCAAGAGUAUGAAACUCCACGGGCAAUCCGAGUUCGAUAUUUACGCCACGCCCGUUGUGGCGGGCAACGGCGCCAGUGUGCUUUACAACAGCUACGCAACGUUCAAUGACGACGACUUCGAGUUCACGUACACUCUUGUGGACGGAUCUGCCUAUCUGACUACGACGGACGCCUCGGACGUUGAAACAGUUCAAUGUCUCCCGUCCAACACGCUGCCAGCAAAAGACAUGUACGCCAGUGUUCUCAGCCCACCCAACAGCCACCUCCUAAGAGAUGCAGUUGUUACUGGUGUAGUGCAGUGCACCAGGCGAUCGAACAGGAUAUCAUAUCACCCAGCCGGAUUCAAGCCUGAGGAGAGAAAAGCGUCCAGAGACUUUGAAAACAACGAAGAGGGAUCUGGGUCUCAAGUUCCAAUUCCUGUUAGUAAAAUCUCUCUGAACAACAAAAGAAAGAUUGACACCACAGGGAUCACCCGCUUCAAGCGUUUGAAAACUGCUUCUCACGAAGAGAAACAGAAAGCGAUUGCAGAAUUGCUGGAGAUUAGUGAGCGCGUCAAGCGUGAGCGACGCCAAAUCGUACAGCUACGAUACAGAACUAAACAGAAACGGUAUGCCGCCAGUGUCGAGAAAGCCAUUCAAGAACUACGACAAGAGAUUCAGAUAUUAGGGCAACACCGUCAGUGUUUAUCCACAGUCACAUCGGCAAAGAAUGCUGUCUUGAAGUCAGUGGCACAGUAUUUUCGCUUGAUCUGUCAUGAGUUUCAGUCCAGUGACCAAGUGGCCUCCUUGCGAGAAGCGAUGGCACCGGACGUCGUGUACAACUCCGAGUUUGGUUUUGAGGCCAUAGCGCAGAGUUGGUACGUUAUGCAAUUGUUUGACGACGUGGUUGUGAAGCUUACCAAUGUGAGCAAGAGUGGCGGAAACUCGAUAACGGUGACCACGACAACAAGUGUGACACUCACAGAGCAAACGCUGUUGCAUGUGUUCCCGCAAUUAUUCAACUCCAAGAGCGAAGAAGAUGGUGCAUCGUUGGCAAGCAAACUUCAGGAUCAACGGAUGGUUAUGCGCGGUUCAACAUGCUUCGUGUGGGAUGCUGCAACGAAACGCAUUGUCAGUGUGGUAGCACGAAGCGACAUGCUAACCCCGGUGCUGCGACUGCUAGGAAGCUUGGAGGCAGUAUCUCGAACAUUUGAAAAGGCGCUUGUUUCCCCGUGCUUCCAGCUGAGACCACGAAGAUAG